CGUUCCUAAUUUUGGUUGCAAGUGCGCAGAUUCCAUUGGAACGCGCCUGCCUCCCGUCUCAACCUAAUCUAUCUGCCACCCGCCCCCCGCCAACGGAAGGGUAAGGUGCACUGCACUACAGCUUGCUUCCUCCGGUGUAGCUGAGCGACGCGGCCCAAGUGCCAGCUUAAUUUCUUCGGUUUCUUCCUAAUAACCUCAAUUUGCGACUUUAUCAGCUUCGCGCGUCGAAUUAAUAGAAUCGAGAAUCGGCAACCGAUUAUAAUAGCCCAAAUCCAGGGUUUAUACCAGAGCAUCCACCCUUGACGUAGUCCAAGAUACUGCAACUUGACUGCAAUCAUGGGAAAUUUCAUCAGUUGGUUGGAGGACAACCUCCCCUCCCCCGACACGAGCAACUCGGGCGGUGCGAGAGGAACGCAGCCUCAAUCCCUUUCGGGCAUGGUUUCGACUCUCGUUCCCGUGCUCAUAUUGUCGGGAGUCUACCUCGUCGUUUUCCUUGUCUUUCGUAAAUCCAACAGGCGAUUCUAUGCGCCUAGGACGUAUCUGGGCUCCUUGCGCGAGCAUGAACGGAGUCCCGCGCUACCUACUGGUUUCUUCAACUGGAUUGGAGCUUUUUGGAAGCUUCCUGAUGCCUACGCUCUCAAGCACCAGAGUCUCGAUUCAUACCUCUUUAUUCGAUUCCUUCGCAUUUGCUGCACCAUCUGCUUCGUGAGUCUUUGCCUCACAUGGCCUGUUCUCUUCCCAGUAAAUGCCACUGGUGGAAACGGAAAGAAGCAGCUUGAGAUUCUCUCAUACGCCAAUGUCAACAUUGAUGAUUCGACUCAGAGGAACAGGCUCUACGCCCACUGCUUCAUUGCCUGGCUCGUUUAUGGCUUUGUCAUCUACACUAUCAUGCGCGAGUGCAUAUUCUACAUCAGCGUGCGACAGGCUUUCCUUCUUACUCCCCAGUAUGCCAAGCGCAUCUCAUCCCGCACUGUUCUCUUCACUUCAGUUCCCAAGGAGUAUCUCGAUGAGGCCCGCAUUCGCACCCUCUUCAACGACUCAGUUAAGAAUGUUUGGAUCCCCGGCGACACCAAGGAGCUCGACAAGAUCAUUGAGGAGCGCGACGAUGCCGCCAUGAAACUCGAGAAGGGAGAGGUAAAGCUUCUCAAGCUGUGCAACAAGGAGCGCAUCAAGGCCAUGAAGAAGUCGGGUCCCGAAGCCGAGAAGGUUGCAUCUGCCCCAUCUGACCCUGAGUCUGGAAACCUCUCUGCUCGCUGGAUCCCUGCUAAGAAGCGACCUUCACACCGUACUGGCCCUCUGGGGCUUGUUGGCAAGAAGGUUGAUACUAUUGAAUGGGGCCGCGAGGAGCUGAAGACCCUCAUCCCCAAGGCCGACAAUGCUCAGGCUGACUGGCUCGCUGGCAACUAUGAGAAGCACUCUGCCGUGUUCGUCGAGUUCUACACCCAAUCUGAUGCCCAGGCUGCUUUCCAGACUACCACUCACCACCAUGCCCUCCACAUGGCUCCUCGUUUCAUCGGUGUCAAGCCUGAUGAGAUUGUCUGGAAGAGCUUGAACUUCCCCUGGUGGCAGGUUGUCAUUCGCCGAUAUGUCGUCUACGCCAUCAUUGCUAUUCUCAUUAUCUUCUGGGCUGUUCCCGUCGCCAUCGUUGGUAUCAUUGCUCAAGUUGACACGAUCAAGACUCUUCCUGGUCUUACUUGGAUCCAGGAUAUCCCUCAGGUCAUUCUUGGUGUCGUCUCUGGUCUUCUGCCUUCCGUUGCUCUCUCCAUCCUCAUGUCCUUGGUUCCUGUUUUCAUGCGCCUUUGUGCCAGGCAGGCAGGUUGUGUUUCCAUCUCCCAGGCCGAGCUCUUCACCCAGAACGCAUACUUCGUUUUCCAAGUUCUCCAGGUUUUCCUGGUUCAGACUCUGGCAAACAGUUUCGUUUCGUCUAUCGCGACGAUCGUUAAGGAUCCCAGCCAGGUCUUCAGCAUGCUGUCAUCUUCCAUCCCUACCGCCUCCAACUUCUAUAUCUCGUACUUCAUUGUUCAAGGCCUGACUAUCGCCGUCGGCGUCCUGACUCAAGUUGUCGGAUGCAUCAUUUUCAACCUUCUGUACAAGUUCCUGACCAGCACUCCACGAUCCAUGUACAACAAGUGGACUACUCUCAGUGCUCUCACUUGGGGAAGUCUUUUGCCCGUCUACACCAACAUCGCUGUCAUUAGCAUCGUCUACGCUGUCAUUGCACCUGUCAUGCUCUUCUGGUCUACCAUCGGUAUGGGCUUGUUCUACCUUGCCUACCGCUACAACAUUCUGUUUGUUACCGAGACCAAGAUCGAUACUAGAGGCCUCAUCUAUCCUCGUGCUCUCAAGCAGCUUUUUGUCGGUGUUUAUCUUGCUGAGGUCUGCCUUGUCGGCAUGUUCAUUAUCUCCAAGGCCGCCGGCCCUGCUGUCCUGAUGGCUGCCUUCCUUGUCUUCACCAUUCUAUUCCACAUCUCCCUCGCUAAGGCUCUUAACCCUCUUCUCUACAGCCUGCCUCGCUCUCUUGAGGUUGAGGAGGAGCGAAUUCAGCGAAGCCUGCAAGGUUCAGAGUUGGAGGACGGACAUGUCCAGAAUGGAGAGGGUGCCGCUUCCAACGGUGCUUCCAACGGCGCUGGCAAGAGCCACGGUGUUAGCAUGUUCGUGCCUGGUGGUACUGACAGUGUUCAGAAGAAGGGCAACUUCUUCUCCAAGUGGCUCAAGCCCUGGAUCUACGCCGAUUACGCCACCAUGCGCCAGUUGGUGCCUCAUGAGCGUAACAUGGGACUCGAAUAUCCUGAGGAGGUCGAGCGUGACGCUUAUUUCCCACCUUCAGUCACAAGCCAGACACCUAUCCUCUGGAUCCCUGCCGACCCCGCUGGUAUUUCCAAGCAGGAGGUGCUCAACACGAGCAAGGUGAUCCCCAUCUCAGACGAGGGCUGCACUCUCAACGACAAGAACCACAUUGAGUGGGACACUGAGGGAGCACGACCUCCUAUCUGGAGCGAGAAGAUUUACUACUAGAGGUGGAUAUGAUUUCGUUGAUGUGAUUGAUACCCAAACACAUGCCAGCUAUCAGGCUGUGUUGCUUUGAAGCCGUAAAAGUGUUUGAAAGGAGAUGAUGGAAGAUUGGGAAGCUGAAAUAAACGACAGCAUUGGAUUUAGUCAAGAUGGAUAUGUUAUCGAUCGUGUCAUGAAAUAUACUAUAGUAUCCUGCACGGUUGUUGGAUCAGAUGGUUAUUCAGUCAAUGAAUUCUAAUGCUAAUGAGGAAUGGUUGCAAGUCAGUGACUGUAGU